UUAGGACCCAUAUAUAAUUCCCACACCUCUUUCUCCCACUUCCUUUCAUCCAUGGAGUUCUUCAAAUACAUGCUGGCCUUUACUCUCAUGGUCAUCUCCUCUCUCAUGGUCACUCUCUCUCACACCCAAGCACCAGACUCAAAGAAGCAGCGCUGCCCUCAAAAACAGUCAUCGUGGGAUGCUGUGAAGAAGCUUCUGACCUGUAAGCACAUAGAGAAGGGGAAGGUCCAUGAUCCAGCAGCUAGGCUCUUGGCACCCUCGCGAAAUGGUUACACAAAGCUCAGCUCGUGCGGUGCACUGUGCACCUCCGUCGUGGUUCCUACGAGCAAGGGGAGCGGAAAGAGGAGGGUGCAUGAGGCACGACAGUGCAGUAGCCUCGGUUCUGAGGAAGCUUUGUUACAGAAUCAUGAUCGGCAGAGGUCGGCGAGGGGAGUGCAAUUGAGGAGGCUGUCUGGUUGCUACGAGUGUCGCACGGUGUCAGAGCCAGGGCGGUACUUGUUGCCGAGGGCCACCAUAUGUGCAUGCGAUGAAUGCGGUGAGGUGUUCAUCAAAGCUGAGAGCCUUGAGCUUCACAAGGCAAUUAAGCAUGCAGUAUCAGAGCUCGGCCCCGAAGAUUCCGGCCGCCACAUUGUGGAGAUAAUCUUUCAGUCUUCUUGGCUGAAAAACGAUGCCCCUCUUUGUGUCAUCGACCGUAUCCUUAAAAUUCACAACACCCCAAUGACCGUCGCUACCUUUGAGGCCCACCGUGAUUCUGUCAAGCUCCGGGCUGCCCGAAACGCCAAGCGCCACCCGCGCUGUGCUGCUGACGGCAAUGAGCUACUUCGCUUCCACUGCACCACCAUCGGCUGUUCCCUUGGCUCGAAGGGUGCCACCUCCCUUUGCAGUGUUUCCUCUGGAUGCUGCAGAGUUUGUGGUAUAAUAAGGGAUGGUUUCUAUGAAAAAGGUAUUUGCACCACCGCGGGAAGUGGACGCGCGCAUGAUUCAUUGGUGGUUGGAGGGCGGAGGGCAAUGCUAGUUUGCAGGGUGAUCGCUGGGAGGGUGAGGAGAGGCGCUGCCGACGGGGUAAUGGAAGACUACGACUCGGUGGCUGCAGGGGGGUAUGACUCGGUGGCAGGGGCAGGAGGAGGCGUGGAGGAGCUGUUUGUGUUGAACCCCAAGGCCAUUCUUCCAUGUUUUGUGGUGGUUUACAGAACCUAGACUGAGAAACACCACUCUAUCUCUCUCUCAUGCAACCAUGUAUUAUAAAUAUUUUCCAUUUUUGAUGGGCUCAAGCCUACAAUCUCAAGCUUGAAACAUCAGAGUGCUUUCCAUCAGAGCCAUGUGCUUCAACAUAAUAACUAAUGUAUCAUUAUUUUGUAAAUCAGAAUUUUUGUAGCUGCCUCUUUUUGGAGAA